UGAUCUGCUAUCUCGAGAUUAAUUGUGCUCCGAUCCGUUCGCUCUGCUCCGAUCAGUUCACUGUUCUCUGUCAAAGUUUUCACACAAAUUCGCCUUCGCCGUGUCUUCUCUCUCUUGGCCGUAUGGAAAAUAGUGAACUGGUUGAUAAUCUUCUAUUACCUAACGGUAUUUAUGAAGAUGGAAGUGAACCAUUCUCUCAAGCAUCAAUAAUACAACAUACGGAUAAUAAACUGAUUUGGAGAGUUAAAGCUGUUUUGAGUGACGAGUCAUUCAAGCAGCUUGAGGUUUCUUUCCUCGGACACAUCAUCAAGAUUGCCUCAAAAAGCUUCAAAUUUUCGGGUAAACUAUUUCACUACAUUAUGAUGAGGAGGCUGAAGACAAAAGGAAACAUCUUGUGGUUCAGAAUCGCUUCACAACCAACACGUUUCUCAAUGAGAGAAUUUUUUCUCUCAACAGAUCAAAGUAGGAAGGGGAAAAAACCUGCUAAGAAACCCUACACUUGGACAUCGCGAAAAGAUUUGAACUUGAGUAAAUUGGAGGAUUACUUGUUUUCUGAACCAAAGGAUAUAUCUGAUUUGGAGAAAACAGAGGAAACAGAGGCGCCGAUGGAAGAGGAUGAAAAACUUUGCCUUGCAGCUGUCAUCCUUACAGAAGGAUUCUUGAUGAUGCCUCAUUCAUUAGAGAGGAUCCCAAGUUCAAAACUUCACCAUGCAUCCAAUUUUGAGGCGUAUACAUCUUUGGCAUGGGGAAAGGAUGGAUACCAAUACGUGGGCGAAAGGCCAAUAUGAAGUCAAAGGUUUCCCUUUGGCAUUGUUGAUCUGGUCAUUCAGUGAUGUACCAACUUUUGGAGCGACAUUUGCUGUAUCCAACAACACAUUAAGUUGUGUCUAUCCUCUAUAUUCCAACUGGGAAUCUUCGUCAACGCCAAGAUUAGAUCAAAUCGUGGAUGCCAUUCAAUCAUCGGAUUGUGUAAGUUUUCGUUCCUUUUAUAACACUUUUUAUUUGGUGAUGAGCAUGAAUUUUAUAAGGUUUUAUAUGGUUUUUAAAAGUAUUUAAAAAGGAAUUUUAAUGGAGUUAUUUAAGUGUUUAUAAGGAUUUUAUAAGGGUUUUAUAAGGAUUUUAUAAGGGUUUACAACGAUUGUAAGGAUUUUAUAAGGGUUUUAUAAGGGUUUUAUAAGAGUUUACAACCAUUGUAAAUCCAUUUUAAAAAGUUAUUAAAACCUUUGUUAUUUAUUUUUUUA